UGCAAACCAGGUUGCAAACCGUACAUGUACAUGGACAGUACGUAUGUGGUAGGCCCACGGUGCAUGCACAAGCGUGAAAUGUUUGAGGACCCUGGAUCAAUGUACCGUUGCACACUGUCCAUCUGUUCCUUGUUCUAUGGUGUACUAAGCUGAUCUAGUUUGUGCGGUCAUUAAUCGGUACUGAAUUGAACGAAACUCUUGUCAACAUGUCAGACCAGGACAACUGGUACGAAUACAUUGUGGUCGGUUGCGGGGGUAUAGGUAGUGGUGCCGUGUACUGGCUAGCCAAGCGGGCUGGUCCAAGUGUACUGGGUCUGGAGCAAUUUCAGUUGGGACACGACAAUGGGGGCUCACAGGACCAUUCACGAAUCAUCCGACUGUCGUAUAGCGAUCCCUUGUACACCAAGCUUGCCAAAGGGGCAUAUGAGUGCUGGGAGGAGGUUGAGAAGGACUCGGGUCUGCAGUUGGUUUACAAGACCGGAGGAGUCAACUUCAGCCGACGAGGAGGCCUUGGGGAGAAGAUAGUCGAGCGUUAUGCGGAGUCCAUGCAAGAAAAUGGGAUUGAGUUCGAGGAGCUGAAUGGUUUACAGCUCCACGAGCGAUUCCCGCAGUUCAGCGCCAGCGACAACUACCGAGCGGUGUAUCAGAAGGACGCCGGCCUUGUGGCCGCGGCGGUCGCCAAUGCCGUUCACAUACAGCUGGCCAGGAAACACGGAGCUACGAUCCUUGAUGAGACGAAAGUGGAACGGGUUGAAAAAACGAAAGAGGGCUCAUACAAGGUGUUCACUAACCGAGGCACGUUCCAGUGCAGGCGUGUGGUCAUCGCGGCCGGUGCUUGGGUUAACGACGUGCUUUCAUCGGUGGGGGUACAGCUGCCGCUCACGGUGACCCAAGAGCAAGUCGUCUACUUCGCUACAUCAAACCUUAGCGAGUUUACUAAGAGCAAGUUCCCCAUCUGGAUCUAUCACGGCACAGGUUCUGACCUCUACGGCAUGCCAAUCCAUGGCAACUCCGGCGUGAAGAUUGGCCUGGACGCCGGUGGUAAAACAGUGACGCCAACGACCCGGACCUUCAUCCCGAACCAGACGAGUGUCAAGGAUUGCAUCGACUUCUCCCGGGAGCACAUACCAAGGUCGGUGGGUCCUAUUCUCCACGUGAAAACCUGUCUUUACACUAUGACACCGGAUCGCCACUUUGUAAUCGACACCUGCCACCGAACCGAUCACGCGGACGUCGUGUUAUGCUGUGGAGCUGGACACGCCUACAAAUUUGCCAGCGUGCUUGGUCGGGUUCUGAGCGAGCUGGCCAUAGACGGGCGCACCAAGUACGAUAUCGCAGCCUUCAAUCUUGGCCGGGCGGCUCUGACCGACCCCAGCUUCAAGCCGAUUUUCCAGCUAGGAAUCACCAAACUCUCACAAUCCAACUUGUAAACCCAAACUGUUUUCAUUCUCUUCCCUUAGCUUGGAGACACAAGGAUGGAACCCAUACAUCCAUACUUGUGAGAUCUUGAGAACACCCUGUUGAGUUUCGAAGAAUUGAUGUUAAACAUUUUUUGUAGCUUUCAUACGUCAAUAGAAUGUAAAACCUAAUUUGGACUAUGUGUAUAUCUUAAACUAAAAUUGCAUACCCGCAUGUAAUUCAGAGAGGAUUUUAAGAAAGGAUUUACACAUUUUUAGGUAUUUUAUUAGUCUCACUAUCUUGGCCCUGGAGAUAAAUUGUAUUCGUGUCACAAUCGAAAAAAAACAAAAUGAAGCAGCAACAACAGUGUUUUUUAAAGAAGAGGGAGCACAAUUUAAAAAAAUUAAUUGCUUACAACUUACAAUGAACAAAGAGACAUUAAAUCGUAGCUGUAGUCUUUGACAUCUUCAGACCGAUGAAUCAUUAGCGAUUUUAGUCUUUGGAGGGCUUAAUUUGUAAGGCAUUGAAAAUAUGCAACCUGAGGCAAGCCUGGAGUGUAACCACAAAGGGGCUUAGCUUGUGUUUGUCCAUAUCAUGAAUUGCGUUCAGGCGUAGGAAAGACAUAAACUUGGCAAGAAAUUUGAACACACUGAGAGAAUGAAAAGCAAACAACACAACCAAACAAUCUCAGAGCUUUCUGAAAAUUAAAACUCUUGACCGUUUGGUUCAAGUCACAAAUGCCAGCUUUUAUUCUGCCCAUUCCACCAUUUCUUGGAUGUAGAGAGGUAAAAUAGAUUGCUAAAAGAUAACUUGGAAUACAAAAACCAUUUCUGAUAUUUCAAAAAAGUAAUCCAAUCUUAAAUUACAUUGUUGUAUAACUAUUGAUGAUACGCUAUGCAGUAUUUCCAUCGGUAUCAUAAGCAGUACUUCAAGGAUAUUACAUCAUUACUUUCAAUCAAGGGCACAUAUUUUAUAUACAGAUAUUAGAAUUUGUUGGCUCUCGAUACUAAUGGGCCUAAAUAAUCCGGCAAGCCUUCUGAACUUCAAGAACUUUUUAUUUUGUAUCUUGUAAUAGGGCUUAUGUCUGAAUGUCCUUUCUUUGAGGACGAAUAAGCCUUCAAGUAGGAAAAUAAUAAUAUUAAUUGGGCUGAAUCUUGAGUUCCAGAGCAGACGUUUCAAGAGAAAGGGUAUAUGGAGAAUCAACGCUUAAUAUACAUGUAUUGAAGUAUGAUCCCUUAUUUCUAAAGAUCACUCGCUAGACAAAAAAUUGUCACUUGAAAUAAACGAAUUAAUGGUUCAUUAGCAGCCAGUUCCAUCGCCACAACGGAUGAGUUCUGGAAGAAAAAUCUUAUGAAUGAAAAUCCAACCGAACUAAACAAACAAGAAGAAGGUGCGGUGGGAGAGAAAUGGAAGGGGGAAAUGUAAAUAACAUGAGAUACGACGUCACCCAAAUCAAAAUAUACCUGUGAAUCAAACCAACAGCGCAAAUUAAAUGUAUAUCUGUGCCCUUUUGUUUAAUUUAAGGAUGUACGUUACCAAAUAAAUGAAACUACAUGUAUAUGA